UAGUUAGGGACUUAGGGUUAGGGUUUGUCUAUUCCCUCCCUCAUUAUCUCUCGAGUCUCCCCCCUCUCCUCUCCUCCGCAUUCUUGGCCUCCCGAGCCCUCUCCUCCGGACCUCCGCCUCCGCCCUCUCCUCCCCCGUGCCGACAACGUCGGCCUCCCCGUCGACGGCGACCGCGGCGGCUCGACGGGUCCUGGGAACCAAGGUUGAACGGAAGAGCUCAUAAAGAGGUCGGAUCCUCUGCUCUACCGAGGUUUUUCCCUUGAAGAAGCAAAAAUGGUGAAGAAGAGCAAAAAGAGUAAGAGUAAGAGGGUGCCUCUUAGGAAGAAGUACAAGAUAUUAAGGAAGGUGCGAGAACACCACAGGAAGAAGGCAAAGGAAGCAAAGAAGCUCGGACUGAACAAGAAACGGAAGGUCGAGAAGGACCCAGGCAUCCCUAAUGACUGGCCUUUCAAGGAACAGGAGCUCAAGGCACUCGAGGCCCGUAGAGCCCGUGCACUGGAGGAACUGGAGCAGAAAAAGGCUGCUAGAAAGGAAAGGGCUAAGAAGAGAAAAUUGGGUUUACUCGAGGAUGAUGAUAUGAGUCAAUUGGCUUCCAUGGCUGCUGCCAAAGACCUUGAGUUUGGAAAUAGGAAUACAACAGUAGAGGCUUCAGCUGUAGCUAAAAGCCAUGACCAUUCUGAAAGAUCGUUCUACAAGGAGCUGGUUAAAGUCAUAGAAGCAUCAGAUGUAAUUUUGGAGGUUCUUGAUGCACGGGAUCCCCUUGGUACUCGCUGCUUCAACAUGGAAAAGAUGAUAUUGAAGGUGGAUCCAAAUAAGCGUAUUGUUUUGCUUCUGAACAAGAUAGAUCUUGUUCCUCGGGAGGCAGUUGAAAAAUGGCUCAAGUACCUUAGAGAAGAGUUACCUGCAGUGGCCUUUAAGUGUAGUACCCAAGAGCAGAGGUCAAAUUUGGGGUGGAAAUCUUCAAAGGCAGCAAAACCGAGCAACAUUCUGCAAACAAGUGAUUGCUUGGGAGCUGAAACUCUCAUCAACUUGCUAAAGAAUUAUACAAGGAGCCAUGAGCUCAAAGUAUCAAUUACUGUGGGAAUUGUUGGUCUUCCUAAUGUCGGUAAGAGUAGUCUGAUCAACAGCUUGAAAAGAUCUCAUGUAGUCAAUGUUGGUGCUACUCCAGGACUGACCAGAUCAAUGCAAGAAAUUCAAUUAGAUAAGAAGGUGAAGCUUUUGGACAGCCCUGGAGUUGUAAUGCUCAAGUCUGGUGAUAGUGAUGCAUCUAUAGCUCUUCGCAACUGCAAAAGAAUUGAGAAGUUAGAUGAUCCAAUCACUCCAGUUAAGGAGAUCCUCAAGCUUUGCCCGGCAGAAAGGUUGAUAUCCCUAUAUAAGUUGCCAAGCUUUAUGUCAGUUGAUGACUUUCUUCAGAAGGUGGCUACAAUUAGGGGUAAGUUGAAAAAGGGUGGAAUAGUUGACAUUGAAGCUGCUGCAAGAAUUGUGUUGCAUGAUUGGAAUGAAGGUAAAAUUCCAUAUUACACACUGCCUCCUACAAGGGAACCAGGGGUGAAUUUAGAUUCAGUAAUUGUUUCAGAAUUUGGGAAGGAGUUUGAUGUUGAUGAAGUUUAUAGGAGUGAGUCUUCAUUCAUUGGUAGCUUAGCAUCAGUCGAGGAUUAUUCUCAUGUUGAAGUUCCUCCGAGUCUUCCACUAAAUUUUGAUGAACAGAUGCUAGAGGAGGAUGAUGUAAAACAGAAGGAAAUAGCUGAAAAUGAAGACGAACCCAUGGCAGAUGAUGGAAAAGACCCUGUAGAAUCUAAACCCAGCACUGCUGGCAAACAAAACGAAAAGCUAUAUACUGCUGAAGGCAUACUAAAUCCGCACAAACUAAGAGCAGAGAAGAAGAGGAGGAAGGCCCAGAAAUUAAACUUAAUGAAUGAUAUGGAUGCUGAUUAUGACUUCAAGGUGGAUUAUCAGAUGAGGGAGGUUGGCUCUGACGUGAAUGCAGCUGGUGAGGAUGAAAGUGAUGGUGAAGAUGAUGCCAAUGAGGAGGUGCCCUAUGUCUGGUGUUGGUGUGGAUGCCUGAGAAAGGUUGGAGACUUGCCGAGAUGCCUGCGUCAUUGUGAGUUUUGCUUUCUUGCCACCAUGCAGAGGAUCAGUAAACCAUGCAUUGCCCGCGCCUGUUAUCAGAGCCUGCUGAUCUGAAGCAAUAGAAAGCAAAUUACUGAUCAAGAAGUAAAUCAAGACAGUUGAGCAGGGUUUGGUGCCUGAACCAGUUUUGAGUUAAUUCUAGUAAUAAUGGGAUUAUGAUUGUAGUAAAAAUGAGGAAGUAAUCCAAGACUUGUGGAUUUUUUUGGUUAAUUCAAAAGAAUGAAGAAGAGAAUUCUGUUUAUUUAACUGUACUUUUCUAUUCCAUCCCA